AUGGGCAUAGCAAUAAUGGGCGGCGUAAUGUCCUCGCUCGCCUCCGCCAAAACAAAGGCCUCCCUCGACCCCUCUUCCGCCCCCAAAGACGUCCCCAACCUCUCCAACUUCAUCGCUUGCGACCAAUGGGCGCCUGCCGAACAGAACGUCCGCAAAGCCCUCGGACACUACAACUUCCCCCUCCAGACCCUCACAAACCAGAACCUCAAGGGUAUCCAAGAAGCGGAUAUCGUGCUGCUGAGUUGCAAACCACAUGGCUUCAAGACGAUAUUGGGUGAGGAGGGUGUGAGGGAGGCGCUCAAGGGAAAGGUGCUUGUUAGCAUUCUGGCGGGUGUGACGAGAGAGCAGAUUGAGGCUUUCCUGUACCCUGAUGGACCAGAGAAGACAGAGAACGCUUGCCGUGUGGUGAGGGUCAUGCCCAACACGGCGUCCUUCGUUGGGGAGUCCAUGUCUGUGAUUCAGACUUCGGACCCGCCGCUCAGUGAGGCCCAGUACAAGCUUGUUGAGUUCGUCUUCAGCUCUAUUGGUCGCGUUACGAACCUUCCCCCAGCCAACAUGGAUGCGGCGACUGCGCUGUGUGGUUCGGGCCCGGCGUUCUUUGCGCUGAUACUGGAGGCCGCCGCGGACGGUGCGGUUGCCAUGGGUCUACCGAGGGCGGAGGCACAGAUGAUGGCUGCGCAGACCAUGAGGGGAACCACUGGACUCGUGCUGAACGGCGAGCACCCAGCUGUGCUGAAGGACAAGGUCUCGACACCUGGCGGUUGCACUAUCGGCGGUCUCAUGUCGCUCGAGGAAGAUGGCGUGAGGGGUGCCGUCGCAAAGGCAAUCAGGGAAGCUACCGUUGUAGCCUCGAGACUGGGAGGCGAGCAGAAGGAGUUUGUGAACCACAGGCGGUAG